ACUGCGACUUGGGCUUCGUAAAUAAAACUCCAAACUUUUCACAUACACACUGAAUUUCAAGUGGUGUAUCGUUUACGAACUUAUACUCAGCAAUUAAGAGAAAUGCCGGCCGAAAAACGAAAAUAGGCAUUGGAAUAGCCUUAAGUCUACCUGUAGCGCAAAAACCCGAACGCGUCUCAGGUGUGGCUGUGUGACGCCCUAACAGCCAGUGAACUCAACAGAGGAACCAUGGAUGAUAAACGUUCGUGGAGGAGCUCUGUAGGCAUAUUACAGAACGGACAGUCAUGGAAUUCUCUCAACAGAGACAUCACGCCCACGCCGCCCUCAGAUGUGACUCAAAGUCCAAAAAUGUGAUACAAUGGCCAGUACCCAGAAGUGAGAGAGGAAUUCAAAGACAUCAAGACGGUGCUAUUAUAAUAUCAAUACAGUGCUACAGCAAGUAUUUGACGUAAAUCUUUAAAUAAAGAAACUAGAAAACACAAGUGGGGGAAAAUGGCAUCAGUUGGAGGGUUAAGCGUGUACUCGGGCUACUCACGGGGUACCAGAAGGCCUUCCUACGCCUCUACCUUCUUUCCGCCUGUCAUAGAGAAAGUCUAUGGAUAUGUCAGACCAUCACCGGCGAUGGUCAAUUCUGGGAUUAUUGCCUUUGUUGCAACAAUAUUCUUUGUCAUUUCCUUCACAAGCCCAUACUGGCUCCAGUCAUAUGCCUACACAUAUAGUGACUUCAACAACAUGGGCCUAUGGGAAUUCUGUUUCAAUGGCUUCCGCUAUCCCAAGUACCAGUUUGACUACAAGUUCACUGGAUGCAAUUACAUAUUCUCAGAUGAAUACAGAAUCAUCUGGUCAUGGAUGUUACCAGCCUGGUUAAUGGCCGUGCAGACCUUCAUGACUAUAGCCCUAUUGGCAAGCAUGACCACACUGGUGACAGUGAGUCUUGUUUUGGUGCGAUGGCCUCUGCAGUUUGUCAUGCGCUAUGAGUGGCAUCUCACUGGCUUCGCCUUCUGCUGUCAGGCUGCUACAACUGUGUGCAUCUUCUUUGCGGUUUUGGUGUUUGGUGUUAUGUGCUGGUCACGCCACUGGCUUCUCAACCCCAAUUUCAACUAUCUGUCUUGGUCAUAUGCCUUUGCAGUUGUGGCUGGUGGUAUCCAUGCCUUUGCUGGAUUGACCCUUCUACAUGAGACAUAUGAAGCUAGGGAGAGGAAACGACAAGUGAGCAACCUGAUGCACAUGGAACCACAGGGCCAGAUGGGCAUGAACAUGGGCAUGAUGGGGCAGGGUUACAUAUAAGACCCAAAGAAUAAUAAGGGAUGCAGUAUAUCUUAUGCCUGUGGUAAAAGAAGUAUCAAGUUGCCUAAUGCAUUGUGGCAUAAUCACAGGAAUGUGAAAGCACUUCUUAGUGUGAGUAUAUAGAAGUAAAAGAAGAAAAAAGAGCCACAGUCCUACUUGAAGAAGACUGGGCAAGAAAUUGGGAUGGAACUGGAUGAGCCAAAUGAUUGAGGACCAGAGUAGAUUAUUGUGGUCUGACUUUUGCCAAAUUAUCAGUAUUUACUGAUACAUUUUAACAUGUUCUAAAAUGGUGUUUUUACUUGUGAAUAUCAUUGUGAACUGGAAUAAGAAUUAUUUCUAUUUUCUAUGUAAUACUCUCAUUACUUUGCCUUCCACUAUGAAACAGAACUGAGUGCUUUACAUUUACCUCAUUGGUUUUUCAUAGAACUUGCCAAUAUAAUGUUGAAUCUAGAA